AAACUCUUUUAAAGCGCAAAAAUGUGUCGUGUUUUUGAAAUUUUUCUCUCCUAAAAAAACAAAAAGAGGAAAAAGGGAAAAAUAUAUAUUUUUUAAAGCGCCAUUAAUUUAGAACGUUUUUUUUUUUUUUCGUCGAGUCAAACGAUUGAUAACGCCCCAGAAAUUGUUGUCAAAAAAAUCGAGGUUCUGUAACAAAGCGAGGUUGAAUUAAAACGAUCCACCGGAAAGUGGAGAUUGGUUAAUAAGGUUAACAUUGUUGCGGCAGGUCGUUUCGUAAAUGCAGUUUAUAUGAAACGAUCAAAUGAGACGCAGACGGAAUUAGAUUUCGGAGUAGAUCCCGAUAGCGCGAUAGUUAAUUGAUGUUAACUGACAAUCGUGGGCAACGCGUAACGUAAAUAAUACUUGAGAUGCUUCGACCUACAUAGCCAUAACCGUGUUUAUGGGAGAUAGACAGAACAGUCAUACAGAGAGAGGCGAAAGGGGUCGGAAAUAUUUAUCUCACGUCGAUAUACGAGCACGCCUUUGAAAUGAGGCACGAUUUGACAGUAAAUGGAAAAUGUUCCGCUAUUUUUGUCGCGGAUCGUUUCAAACAUCGGUAUCGAGCGUCGUUUUAUCCUUUGAUCUUUAUUCACAAACUCUUCACCUCUCGAUAAACAACAACGAUCCGCGAUAAAUCGUUAUACGGUUGCCGAAUGACGCGCAAUCAAAAUGCAGUCUAUUUGAAUUAAAGGCGCAUUCAUGUCAAAUAGAUGUGACAGGAGAUGAUUAAAACGUGAAAUAGAUUACAUUAGAGAUUUGUACAUUCACAGUUAAUAUUCAAGUCUCAGGAAAUAAUUAACUUGGCCUGAUUUGGAGUUUCUUAACAGACGACAAAAGUAACAGUAUAAUUCUAAAAUAAAUGUAAACGACAUGAAACGACGUUUCACGUCAUCACGUAAACAAAUAUAUAAUACUUGCAAGUAGGCUGUAGAUUCCUAUGUAUGUUCAUAUUUUAAACGUGAGUUACAGAAACAGAAAUGAAACAGAUUUGAAAUAUUUCGUAUAAUCGCGCGCCCUCUACGCAUUCUGUGUGUCGACAUUCGCAUCGUUCGGUUUCACGGAUAAAUUCGUAGUUUACUUACGAGCAAUUGCUUGUUCGUGCAAUUUCUCUCGGUAAGACGGUAAGAGGAGGUGAAAGGGCAGCUAAUUACCUGGCAAAGUGCGAAGCGCGACUCAGUGUGAGAAAACUCAUCAGAAAACUGAUCGAUCAGUAGAGUUGGGCCAAGAGGGGGUGGGCUAAGCGGAUUAAACAGGAAGGACAUCGUCUUCCGGAGGAAUGACAAGUACGUGGUUGAGACGAAAACCCUCGUGCACCGUGGGUGGAACGACUGAUUAUCGGUUCGGGUAGAAACUCGUCGCCGAUCGCGGGGAGAGGCAGUUUAUAAUGUCACUGAACACCGUCGCGUUAACGAAAGCCACGGUUGCCAGCGCGUUGAAAGAAAGCCGACGGGGGCCGGUGUUCCCUUUACGAUCCCCUUAUGGAUUUUCUCCGGUUAUCUCGUCGGUCGUCGAUCACAUCCGUAUUCAGUGUCGUUUCGUAUUCGCGCCUCUUCGUCCGCUUAAUCGUCAAAUUACCGACGUAAGGACGUUACACGGCCGAUCCGCUUCUCGCGUUGCUCGGUUCUCGCGCGACUAAUCGAGCGAUCAAAUCGCGUCGAUUGACACGAGAGAUGCGUGAAAUCAGUUGUGUGAAAAUUGUGACGAGGCAGACGAUUGCCGCGUGGUGUUAGCGUGUGCGCGCGCUUUCGACCCGAACGAGGAAGUGUGCAAGGUGGAUUUGCAAAGGACAGAGAAGGACGAGCGAGCAGUUCUGUGUGAUCGGGAACUGUUGCUGGUGGAGCACGAGGGAACACGAAAAUGUUGUCCACGGUAUCCAGCGUUCCGCUUGAAUUGAAUUCCUCGUGGUAUACAACCGUCACAGCUGGGAACAGCGGUUUCAAUGCGUUAUCGGUGAUCAAGUCUGAAAAUACCUCGGAGAGAGAUCUGUACAUGUUGCCGGCUUACAUUCGCACUACGUCCAUGGUCGCGUGCAUUGUGGUGAUGGUCCUCGGUAUAAUUGGAAAUCUUAUGGUACCGAUCGUGGUGUUUCGAGGCAAAGAUAUGCGGAACAGCACGAACAUCUUCCUGGUGAACCUGAGCGUGGCCGAUUUGUGCGUUCUCCUGAUCUGCACGCCGACCGUUCUCGUCGAGGUGAAUUCCGGACCUGAGAUCUGGCUGCUUGGCGAACACAUGUGUAAAGCAGUACCAUUCGUCGAACUGACUGUGGCACACGCUUCGGUUCUAACCAUCUUGGCAAUCAGCUUCGAGCGGUACUAUGCGAUUUGCGAGCCGCUACGAGUCGGGUACAUGUGCACGAAAGCGAAAGCGACGUUCCUUUGCUUCGUGGCGUGGAUUGCUGCGGCGCUUUGCACCAGCCCGAUGCUGCUGAUGACCACGUACGAAGAAGAAGAGACGAAGGACGGCACGUGCAUUCCGACCUGCAACACGGUUGCAAACUCGUUCUGGCCGAUCAGCUUCGUCCUGUUCACCAUCGUCGUAUUCUUCGUGAUCCCGCUGUUCAUCCUCGUGGUCUUGUACACGGUGAUCGCGCGUCAUCUAAUGACAAACUCGACGAUCAGCCGCGGCUCGUCGAACAACUUGCUCAAAUACCGGAAGCAGGUGAUGCUGAUGCUCGGCACAGUGGUGUUCUGUUUCUUCUUGUGUCUGUUGCCGUUUCGAGCGCUGACGCUUUGGAUCCUGGUCGUACCGAUCAAGGUGAUCGUCGACUUUGGCAUCGAGCGUUACUUCACCCUGCUCUACUUCUGCCGGGUGAUGUUCUACCUGAACUCCGCCAUCAAUCCAAUCCUGUACAAUCUGAUGUCCACGAAGUUCAGGGAGGGAUUCCUCAGGCUCUGCGGCCUCGGGCCCCACAGGAAGAAGAAGAAGAAAACGUCGGAGAAAACUGGCACCUGCACCACUGGCUCGACCAACUGCAGCAGCAAUCAUUCCGACUUCUGGAGGAGGCACAGCAGCAACAAGAGCAGCAGCGUCAAGACGCCUUCCAACAACGCCGCCGCGGAGAAACAGGUCAAAGUGCCGCUUCAGACGACGGUCGUUAGCGGAAGCGUCGCUAGGAAGAAGCAGGAGAGUUACGUUUGAAAGGAUACGGCGAGACUCCAGAGGAGGAUCGUUCUAUAAGACUGUGAUCGUUCGAAUCAUUCCGCGAGUAUAGUCAGAGACAGAGAUGCGGUGAAGUCAUAAAAUCGAUCGAGACGAUCAGGAUUUAACAUCUUUCGAAGAUUGAAACUAUUGAAAUCCAGUUCUCUUCUUAAAUUAUACGUUUCAAUGUAAUUUUCAUUAGUCUACAGAUAUACACGCAUUUCGAGCAAUGUUAAGCGACACAAUUUCACGAGAGGCACAUGUUGCCUACAAUUUAAUGGUUCUUUAAAGGGAUUAGAAUUCUUCAAAGUUUUUACAGAAUACGAAAAAAAAUGAUAAAGUUUAAACAUAGCAAAUAAUGGCAUAUUUAUAAGUUAAGAAAUGGAAACGAGAAUCUAAUAUGCAAUCGGCGACAUUGCUUUUGAAUUACUUUGUACAAGGCAAUAGUCCUAAAAACAUAGUUAUGAUCCAAGUGGCAAAUAUCGCCGCUUAAUUCUUUAAUUCGCGACUUCACCGUAUAUCAGUUCCACUGACUAUAUUAUUUUAGCAUCGUUCAUACUCGUAUGUAGAUCACACAUAUUUUAUAUGUGACAUUCAUUUAUCUGAAUCUAAUCUAAAGAAGUUGAAGAGAGACAGUGCAAUGAUUCAUUUAAUAUUCAUAAAUAUUAUUUAGCAGUCUACUUUUACUAUUUGUAUCUAGCGUGUGUGUGUGUGUGUAUGUAUGUGUGUGAUAGAGAGAAAGAGAGAGAGCUUAGAAUGAAAGAGACUUAAAAAUGCUUAAAAAAAAUUAUUCUCUGUAUAAAAAAUAUUAAUCUGCAUAAGAUUAUGAACGAUAAAUUAGGAUCGAAUUACGGUUGCGCAGAAUUUUGGAAGCUGUGAUCACGAAUUAUGUAAAUGUGUAUCUUGUAAGUAUUAGAACAGUUAAUUGUAUAUAGAUGGAUUAAAGAUAAGUUGUACAGUGUAGUAGAUGAAAUAUGAUUAAUUUCUAAGUACCAAAUGGAUCUCAGUUUAUAGCUUUACUUUAACGUAUAAGAUUCAUCGUUUAUUCGAAUUGCUUCGUUCAAUUCUCAAUUUUCAUGAAUGUUCAAAAUAACUGGGCUAAGUUUCUACGGAUAAAUUUUAAGUUCCUAUAGUAGCUCGUCGAACUACGUUAACUGGCGUUGAACAAUGAAUAUAUAACGACAACUGUUACAAUAAUUAGAGAUACUUUUAAGAUAUACACAGACAUAGUUAUUUUCCAUAAAGUGUCGAAGAGAUGACGAAACUAGUCUGCAAGCUUUAAAUAAUUAUUUAUUCAAUUACAGUCACCGCGGAAACAUGUACGUCGCUCAUAAACGUAGCAAUAAAUGACGGAUUGAUUUGUGCGUUAAAUCAUUCCGAUAGUCUUUCAAAAAUUGUACAGCGUUUGAUUCUUAAAUGUAUGAAGAACGUUUGUAUUUUACUUUUACAGUAGGAAUCAUUUGUCACAAGAAAAGUAUUGAAAUAUAUAGGACCGAGUUGUUUAAGGAGGUUCUCAUGCUAUGAAAAACUUCGUUUCUCAAUUGUCUGCGACAAAAGUUCGCUUUCAGUCGUUUACGAAUUAUAUAACUGAUCCUCAGCUGCGCGAGCUAAUUCACAAAUGGACAAAUUUAUUUUUAUUAUGCAAGAUGUACGUUUCUGUAAAUAUUUUGUAAAAUAAAGUUCAAAUAUUAUUA